AUGGCGUCCGACCUGCGCUACACGGCCAACACGCAGCUCGAGCACCUGCACGCUCGCUACACCGGCACCAUCCACCCGGACAUCACCAAGUUCGACUGGCUGUCGCACCAGCACCGCGACACGGCCGCCUCCAUCAUUGGCCACCCCGCGCUGCACUCCUACCUCGCCCUCGCCGACGGCGAGAGCAAGGCGCGCGUCAAGUUUGAGCUGUGCGAG